AUGGAAAAUCUUCCUUCACCAAGAGUACAACCGACGCGGUGUUUCCAAAAUGUCGGAAUCGACUUUGCCGGUCCAUUCAUAGUGAAGGAAAGUCAUAGACGAAACGCUCGUACAUACAAGGCCUACGUGUGUGUAUUCGUUUGCCUCGCGGUAAAGGCUAUCCAUCUUGAGGCAGUAACCGAGCUAUCGACUUCUGCUUUUCUUGCGGCGUUAGAUCGCUUCGUAUCACGUCGUGGCCUUUGUACCUUCAUAGUCACCGACUGCGGCACUAACUUUAUUGAUGCCCGCCGUUACCUUAACGAACUACAACAAAUGGUUUGUAAGAAUAAGGAUUCGCUUGAGUCUAGUCUUGCGAAACGAAAUAUCUGGCGACUGAACCCUCCUACCGGGAGUAAUUUUGGUGGCAUAUUUGAGAGCGGUGUAAAAUCAAUGAAGUUUCACUUAAAACGCGUUAUAGGGUUACAAGUAUUGACAUUCGAGGAGCUCAUAACAAUUCUUACUAAAGUCGAUAGCAAUUUACCACCACUAGAGUGGCGUUCAGGUAGAGUUCAAGACGUGCAUCCCGGCAAAGACGGUGUAGUGCGCGUGGUCACCCUACGCACUACUAAUGGACUCCAUAAGAGACCAGUAAAUAAACUGUGUCUCCUCUACCUUUAA